UUCCCUCAGCCAGCAACCACCGAGAUAGAGAGAGAGAGAGUCAUAAAGACAUUGCAGAAACGAGUAAACGUAUUUAAUUUUCACACCCUCCAACCCAACCUUCAUAUUCUUUACUUUCUUUCCUCUGGUUCUUCACCCACAAGCCUUAAAAAAUUAAGGGAAAAGAAACCAGCUUGUGUUGUAAAAUGGAAUCAUCACCUGGCACAUCUUUGUAGACCAACAAAAAAGAACCAAACUCAGAUUUCAGCUCUCUAACCCACAUCUGCGAUGGCCAUUUUCUUCUUUUCCAACUACCUCACAGCCCUCACUUGUCUUGUUUUCUUCUCCAAAAUCUUAGCUGCAGAGCAAAGUUCUUCCUUUUCUUUCAAAAUUUUUGGUAAAGAUCCAAAAUUUGAGUCCAAUAUUGCUUUAUAUGGGGAUGCACAUGUUGGUAAUGAUGGGUCUUGGGUUCAACUUACUAACUCAGUGAGUUGGAGUGCUGGGGCAGUUAUGUACAAGAAACCCAUCAAGCUUGUUCAAGGUAAAGUAAGGAAACUUGCUUCUUUUUCAACCUACUUUUCCUUCUCCAUGUCUCAUAAAAAUGGUGAUGGUUUGGCUUUUAUUAUGGUUCCUAGUAGUUUUAAAGUUGAUGUAUCGGGAAAUAGUACGUUUGGGAUUUCUCUUGGAUUGGAAAAAAACAACAAAAGCGGUAUUGUUGCUGUAGAAUUUGAUACCUUCAGAGAUGCCAAGCAUGGUGAUUUGAAUGAAAACCAUGUGGGCAUUGAUGUGGGUAGCCUUGCAUCAGUUAAAGCUAGAAAUUUAUCCUCUCUCAAUUUGGUACUAAGCAAUGGAGAAAAAUUACAUUCGUGGAUUGAUUAUGAAGCAAGUUCUAAGAGACUAGAGAUUAGGUUGAGUCAAUCUAGUAGUACCAGGCCAGAUGAUCCCUUGCUUUCAUACUCAAUCGACUUGUCAAAACUAUGGAAUGAUGAACAAGUGUUUGUGGGCUUAAGUUCUUCAAAUGGCAACUCUUCGCAGACAUGCUUUAUUCACUUAUGGAGUUUUAAGCUAAGGCAGGUUCCUAAUUGGAUGCAUUCCCAACCACUUGAUCCUGAAGCUAUUACAAAAAAUCCCAAACCUCUUACAACACCGCACAAGAGUAGCAAAUGUUUUUGGAAAGUGCUUGUUGUGUUUGUCUUCGGCGGUGCUUGUGGAGCCUUGACAGCUUCUUGCGUGCUAUACCUCUGGAACAUGUUUGGUGAUAGGCGACCUGUGGUGCCUGAAGAGUGUGGUGCAGAAGGUGUGGAUUUCGAGUACAAGAAGGUCAAAGUAGUAGUAGUAGACAACGCUGUCAAAGAUGGCAAGAAGUAAAUCUUAGAGUUGGGUUUUUUUUUUUCUGUCUGAUUGAUGUUUUAUUAUGUUGUAAAUUGAUGAUCUUUUGUAAUUGUAGUUGCAGGUUUUGUGUGUGCUUGUAGCUAAUGACCAAUUGUGAAAAAUGUAUGCUCUUGGUUACACAGUGUUUUAACGAUGGAAUCAUUGAGGUUUUACCUUAUAAUAUAAACUGAAUGUUGCUUGCCUUA